CCUGGCGUCGUUCAGGCCAACACAAACAGUCAGGAGCAGCAGCCGCGGCCGGCGGGACUAGGCUGACGGCGAGGAGAACCUUCUUUCCCCUCCCCUCCCCCCACCCCACGACACACACACACACACACAUACAUAUCCACACUCAGUGGACAACGUCUUCUCUGGACUCGGAGCCCGAGACGCCUCUUUCUUUCUUAAACUGGUUUUGUUUCCGCUCUAAUAGCCUCUCAAAGCUUCAGUCCUCUCUUCGGGACGCAGAGGACGUGUGGAAGACUUGUUUUCCACUGAGGAACAACUGUACAUUUCCAGACCAACUUUAUUUUGACCUAGUUCCAUUUGGUGUGGCGGAUAUGGAUUACUUUCAUCUAGAUUCUCUUGCAAAGCAGUAUUGAGCCAGACUGGAUUGGACCUUCUAUAUGGAAACAUCAGACAAGUACCUACCAAUGUAUUCUCAAAAUUAACUGAAUUGUUAAAAGACAAUCAUCAUGGGAGGAGCUGUGAGUGCAGGCGAAGAUAAUGAUGAUUUAAUUGAUAACUUGAAAGAAGCACAAUAUAUUCGCACUGAGCGAGUAGAACAAGCCUUCAGAGCUAUUGACCGUGGUGAUUACUAUCUGGAAGGCUAUAGAGACAAUGCAUAUAAAGACUUGGCUUGGAAGCAUGGAAAUAUACAUUUAUCGGCACCAUGCAUUUAUUCUGAAGUCAUGGAAGCAUUAAAGCUUCAGCCUGGAUUGUCUUUUCUUAAUCUGGGUAGUGGAACCGGAUAUUUAAGUACAAUGGUGGGAUUAAUACUAGGCCCUUUUGGAAUAAAUCAUGGAAUAGAACUUCAUAUGGAUGUGGUGGAAUAUGCUAAGGAAAAACUGGAGAGCUUCAUAAAAUACAGUGAUAGCUUUGAUAAAUUUGAAUUUUGUGAACCUGCAUUUGUAGUUGGAAAUUGCUUGCAGAUAGCCUCAGACAGCCAUCAAUAUGACCGGAUUUAUUGUGGAGCAGGUGUACAAAAAGACCACGAAAACUACAUGAAAAUUUUAUUGAAAAUUGGAGGCAUUCUGGUUAUGCCUAUAGAAGAUCAGCUAACCCAGAUCCUGAGAACUGGACAGAAUACUUGGGAAAGUAAAAACAUCCUUGCUGUAUCAUUUGCUCCACUUGUACAGCCAAGCAAAAGUGACACCAGCAAAAAUGAUAGCGUGGGGCUGCCUUCCUGUGCUGUUAGGAAUCUACAGGAUUUGGCUCGGAUCUAUAUUAGACGCACCCUUAGAAACUAUGUAAAUGAUGAAAUGCAAACCAAAGGUAUUACACAGAAACCACCACCAAAACGUAAACGCAGAAGGUGUCGUAGACGCAGGAUUAAUACCUACGUGUUUGUUGGCAAUCAACUCAUUCCUCAACCUUUAGAUAGUGAAGAAGAUGAAAAGAUGGAGGAAGACCACAAAGAAGAUGAUGAAAAAGAUCAAAAUGAAGUCUUGAAAACAGAGGAACCUCCACGAAAUUUAUUGCGGGAAAAGAUUAUGAAUUUACCACUCCCUGAAUCUCUAAAAGCCUACUUGACAUACUACAGAGAAAAAUAACCUUUGCUUUUAAGUAAAAAUAAUAAUGCUUACUUGAUAUUUUCUUAAUCCUUGAAAUGUAGCAUUUACUUAAGUACAGUAAUCUUUCAACAAGGCUUUAGAGCUGUGAUGAAUCAAAACAUAACUUGUCUUAACUUUGCUACAAGGACUUGGAUUCAGCAGUAGUUUCCUAUUUUAAAUCCUAUUUUGUUACCUCCCCCCCCUCCCCCCCCCGGCCAGGAAAUAUUGUUUUAACUUGACUAGAAAUGGGUUCCAUACCAGUACAUAGCAUUAAGAGUUUGCAUGAUAAAUCUUUUUGUUCCUUGACAGAUUUGUAUUGAUGAGAAUUAAUAGCAUUUUUAUAUAAGUGAAUAAAAGUGUAUUCAGGUAACAAUAAGGAUGGUCUGCAUUCUCUUAAGCAAGUUUUUAAACAAGCAGACAUUUUUCAUGUCACUGAAUUGGAACAUUUUAUUUUACCAUGGUUAUAUUGCAAAUCAUUGUUACUGUGUUGAAGUAAGUGUGUUCAAAGGAUUACAGAAGUGCAAUAGCAGUGGACAUUGAAUGAGCUAACUUUAGUGUAAUAUAUGCAUUGAAAUUUAGAAAUGACAGAUAAUUUUCUUUUAUAUCUCUUGCCAAAAAUGUCAAGAAAAAUGAUUGCUUCUCUGUCUCUUUCUCUCUCUCUGAGCCUUAAAGAACAUACUGACUAUAGCAUUUCUAAAAAAUCUUUUCUUUAACACCAGCCAAUGAUUGAUUUCUUAACUUUCCAGCAUUUAUGAAAAAUGUAACUUAUUUUUAAAUUCAGUGGUACAGAAAACAUCUUUCAUUUAUAAAAGAUUGUAAUUUCAGCUACUAUAUUUACGCCUUUAUAGGAUAGAAAAUGUAAAAACGAUCUUGUAUUGCUUUUUUACAUAGCAGUAAUAAUAGAAUUCAAGGAUUUGUUCAGCAAUGCACUUUAACUGAUUCUGUACCUUAUUUAUUGCAGAUAAGGGAAGAUGCAUUUCAUUUUUACACUUGAUAUUCAUUUUCCUCUUUGCAAGCUUGGGGACACAUGUUGCUUGACUAUAAUGUUCCAUCUGCAUUUUUAUUGAAUAUUUAAAGGGGUCAUUUUUAGAGCAUCUUUCUACUAGCUUUAAGUGAAUAAAAGAAACUUAAAAAUAUGCUUUAAAACUUAUAAUUGUUGAGGACACCUAAUCUCUGGGGCCAAUUAAGAGCAUUCCUUAUAGAGAAGAUUCCUAUACAGUUUAUUAUUGUAGAUAGCAUAAAGCAGAUUCAGUAGAUGACUGUUAUAUACGUGUUCUCACAUUCAGAAUUAAUAGAAAUCAAACAUUUCAUCUAUAUAAUUCAAAUAGUCUUUUUACUUGUCUCCAUUUCAUAGUAUUAUAAAAAUUUUGAGCAGUCUGUGAAAUACAUAGGUUUUGUUCUUAAAUAAAAAAUAAUGUCCUCUUCCCCCCUCUUUUUGUUUGCAAUUAUCAGAUUAAAUUCCACUGGGGGAAAAGUUCAGGGGUUAUAGUGUAAAGUGGUUUUUAGAAAAUUAACACUAACAAAUAACAUAUAUUACUAGAAAAGCAUGCCAGUCUUAUUUCACAGCAACAGAAACUGACAAAUGGCAGACAAAUGAAACUACUGCAGUAAUUCUGAAUAUUCAGUAGUGGAAAGCAUUGACACAUCCAGUGUAUUUUAUUAGCUGAAAUAAAGUUUAA